AUGGUGCUCAUCAGCCCGCCGCCGCCGGCCCUGUCGCCCGACCUGCUGGAGCCCUUCUACACCACCGACGACCUGCUGUCCAACGCCCCAGUCCUCGUCUUCUACGGCGCCACCUCCACCCAGACCGUCAACUCGACCGCCGGCCGCGUCCAGGUCCACAUUUAUUCCCCCGCCGGCCUGCAGUCGUAUCCGCGCCUGACUAUUUCUCCGAGCUCACCGCUCUACGCCGCAGUCGACUGUCUCGCGCGCGAGGACCAGGGCGACGAAGUCUGUCGCGCCUUGGCCUUCAGCCUCUACAAGUACUUUCUGGAGCUCUCGCCCAUCGCAAAGUCGAUAUGGGAAUCCCGGUCCAAUUCGCAAGGAAGGCUUCCGUCCGCCCCGCCGCUCUUCGGCGAGGCGCACGCCGCGUUGCUGGCCGCCCGCAUGGCCAGGGUGGAAAACGCCGCCGAAGUGGUGCAGGAUGUGAGGCAGGCGCUCGCUGAGCAGGCCGUCUCGUGGCUGGACGUCGACGUGGUGCUUCCGCCCGGAUCGGUGAAGGAGCUGGACAGCAACCUGCGGGAGUCGAUCCUGCCCGAGGAGACGAGCGAGGAUGUCUUGUUGGAUGCGCGCUACGGCGAGUAUGCGCCGCUGGUCAAGGCCUUCGGAGAGCCGACAUUUCUGCCAACGUCGAGGUUGCGACGUGCACCCUCGAAACCAACCGGGCUCAGCCGCUCCUCUCAGUUCUCGCGACAGCAGAAGGAGAACCUGCGACGCGAGCUGUGCGAAUUCAUCGAUACCGAGGAGAAUUACGUCGGCAAGGUCUACGAUCUGCUGCACAGCGUCGCCGAGGAUUUCCGGCAGAAGGCGCGCAACAAGGGCACCAGCAGCUCGAGCCCGAGCGAGGAGGCUCUGGAGGGACUCUUCCCUCCGAGUCUUGACGAGAUUCUCAACAUCAACACCGCCUUCUUGGAGGACAUCCGUAGGGUGAUAGAGGGGACCGAAAAUGACGCCAUCCAGGACAUUGAAGCGACCACUGGCGAGCCUUUCGUGCCCGAGAAGCCCGAUGACUCUCCUGCAGACGUUACUGGAACCCUUGCAUUUGCCAAAUGUCUUGUUGAGUGGUUUCCAAAAUUCUCCGACUGCUAUACCGACUACAUCCAAGCGCACGCCGAGUUUGGCCAGUAUCUUAGGAUUUUCCUGAGAGAGACCGGCUCGAGUUUCUCCAAGCGUGUGCAGGAGACUGGCGAACAAAGGCUCAUGUCUAUGCUCAUUGAGCCGGUUCAGCGUCUUCCUCGCUACAGCCUUUACAUCGACAACCUCGUGAAACAGCUUCCUGUCCGUCAUCCCGCUCUGAAGCCGCUCCUGAAGGCCCGUGACAUCAUUUCAGAAAUUUGCUCUCGAGAUUCCCCAUCAUCACAGCUAUCGAAAGUCAUCGAACGCCUCCAACACUUGAUCCCGUCGUGGCCCCAAGCCUUCCGCCCUGAAGGUCGCCUGAUCACCGCCAUGGAUGUUGUUGAGCUCGCACCGCCUUAUCGCAAGGAGCUGAAGGCAAGAGGGGCCAGCCCCGCCAUUCUUCUCCUGUUUGCCGACGAGCUUGUGCUCCUGAUCAAGUCUGGUCACAAGACAAUGUCGGCAAGAGGACUCCUUGCAGAAAUCGACAACCCUAGUGUACCCCUCGAUGAAACCCCUCAAAUCGCGACCCAGUUGAUCUUCCUGCAACACAUGAGACUCAACAACAUCUGGUUCGAUGAAGUCGAUGACGGUUCACUACUUCAGUUGUACCACUCGGAUGGAUCAUCGCAACCCCCGACAACCUUGCAUUCACUCAAUGCCUCUUCGCUCUGCAUGUUCUAUCUCACAGGGUCGUACGAGCUGAAGGCCUCUCGCUGGCUGGAAGAGACUGUAAAGGCGAGAGUCGAAUACCGCUUUCCCGAAGUGGAGCGUGAAAGCCACAAGUGGGAUGUCAGAAGCCACACGGGUGACUUGAACCUCUUCUCAGCCAUUUUCGAGGAAGGUGAUGACCCGAUACCCGAAGGACGGCAAGAGCCUGCUCGUAUUCGCGUAGUCAUAGACCCCCAGAAGGGCGCAAAAACGCUUCAUGCUGGUGAUGAAGGUGUGGAGCUGAUCGCUUCCGUCGCUGCGGCGUCUGAGGGGUUCUAUUGGCUGGAAAUUGAGGGUAUGAACAACUAUGCAUCUCGCGAUAAGGUGACAGCAGCAGAAUUCUUGCCGGUUCUGUCGAAGCGAGUGAGCAACUACCUGCAGAUGCGCAACCGGAUCCAAAACCCUGCGAUGACUCCAAUCUUCCUUCUACGAAACCAGCAGAUCUUGCAGUCAUUGAAAGUUCGGACGACGGAAGACACAGCUGCUCAGGAUGGUAUAAUACUCGAACGCGCAGGAUCAUCCAGCCGCAGAUCUCCAACUAAAGUCCUCUCCAAGGUUCUCGGAAGCAGUCAUAGGGAAGGCACGCCGCGCAGAUUACAACGCCCACCACCAGUACUCGGAGACAUCCCCAAAUUCGCACCGAACGGCUCUGUCCAUAACUCGCCCUACAAAUCAUCCAGCCGACCUACGUCCAGAGACGACCUGUUAAGCAGCAAAACGGCCAGUAAGUCUUCUCUUGAAUUAGAAGACCAUUCAAACGACCCUCUCGUCAAGCUGGAAGAGACUCUGGCAACGUAUAUUCUUUCACUUCACGCACGGAAGGGGAAUGUUGUUGGUAGAGUUAUUCGGAACAGAGCGAACGCAAAUGAACUUGCAGUCAACGAGCUCUAUAAUUCGUUGCUCGAGGAGCCUACCAAUGUCGAGCUUGCUUCACAACAACCAGUGGAUGUGCUUUUCAGAUCAUUUGAGAAGUUCCUCCAGGUCGCCUGGAGAGAAAGGUUGGGACUCGUCGUCCCUAUCGAUGUCCUAAGCGCUAUGCAAUCCCAUCCGGAAGAUUAUCCCGGCGACUUUGAGGAGUUCUUCAGGAAGCAGAUCAGCGAGCUGAUGCCACAAAACCAGCGUGCCUUGCGCGCUUCCAUCAAGCUUCUUGCGGAUCUGCUAGCGGGGACAGGAAACGAUGGCGAUCGUGGAAUGAUCACCGCUGCCUUUGCCGAAGUGCUGGUCCCUGACGGCAACUCUCACGACUUUAUCUCACUGUUGGACCGAUUCAUUGAAGACAUCGAUACGCUUUUCGGCAGACCAUCGUCAAGUGGUAGCUUGACGCCUAGUCAGGGCUCUAUGAACUCACGGUACGGAUCGAAGACGAACGUGAGCAUGCACUCGAAUUCCUCUUCGCUCAAGAGGCGCUUCGGUCUGAAGGGAUUUAGCGGAUUGAGCCGAGAGCAUAGCAAAUCCGAUAUCGAGUCUAAGGUCAGCUCAGUCUGGAGGACGCUGAGCAAGGCAGGCCGCAACGCUGAUGGACAAGCUUCCAGCUUGUCUAAGGCGACUCCUCUCCUGAGGUCUCACUCGACCGAUCAGGAUGCGCGUGCGUCGUCGCCAAAGCGCCCGGGAUCUCGCGACAGGCCCACAGUCAUGGGUGCCUUCUCAUUCGAAGAGGGCUCACCUUCGAGGACAUUGGCUACGAUUGGAGAAGCACGGGAAAGCCCUCGUAGGAAGCGCCGUAGCUCCCUUUCGGAUCUUCCAAACCUACAAGAGCAACAAAAGGAUCCUCAUCCAUGGUCAGGGGCACCUCAAACACCGCGCCGUAUCAAGCCAACCGCGACCUCAACGGCCAGUCCAAACACGCCUUCUCCACCGAAGCCUUCCGGAAUACCUAAUCCAACUCGCAUCGGGUCUCCAGUCCGUAAGGGUGGCUCGCCUGCCGCCUCGAGUGCUAUUCCACGGCCACGUACCAGUGAUAAGACGAAGGUCGACUCGCCCGCGCCUCUGAACGUACAGCCUAAGCCAAAGGUCGACUCACCAGCGCCUUUAAGCUUGCAGGCGAAGCCAAAGGUCGACUCUCCUGCGCCCUUGAACGUGCAGAUAUCACCGAGGAAGCCACGUGCAAGUACCUUGACUGAAAACAUUCCGCCUAAGAACAUCUCUGCCAUUCCCACUCUUCACCGUCCUACUCACAGCGCCAGUAACAUACCCACUAUUCCCCUUGCGGAGCGUCCUUCUUCGGGCAACCGGCCCAAGACCGUGGUAAACACGAACGUAGACGAGCUCAGCAAGCCGGUGACGGGCUUGGGAGCACCCAUUUUGUUCUCUCCCACAAGGAAGCUUCGCAUGCAGUCUCCACAAAAGCUCCGCGAGCGGUUGCAAAGGGAGCAAAAUGCAAUUCAGGGCGCUGAAAACGCGCUCCAGAAUGAGCUCAGCAAGAUCGGUGAUGAGAUUACAAACUUGCCAAAUGGCACGAUCGCCCCACUUCGCCCAUUAUCAGGCCGCACACAGACUGAAGCGCAGACUCCUGGCCGCCUCCGUCCAACCACGCCGAAGGCAAACUCCAGUGAUGGCUUCAGUGCCAUUGCUACCCUUGGCCGCAACAGCUCGCCCACCGCUGCUUUAGUUGCCCGACUCGCGUCCCUCGAGGCACGCAUCCCGUCGGUAUUCUCCUCUCUACAAGAACGUACCACAUCCAUUGCAGGCGAUGUCGCGUCUUCUCUUCAAGUUUCGGAAGCCCGCGCCAAGAGGCUCGACGACUUGUUCCGCGAAGCGACGGCAGAAAACGAGGCUCUUUACGGCCGGUUCAACGACGAGCUUGCAAGAAUUCUUCGGGGAGUCAAGGGAGGCGAUGGUGUCGAGGAGAUGCGCCGCAAACUACGCGAAUCACAGGAAGAGACGGAGCGACUGCGCAAGGAGAACUGGAGACUAAAGAGGGAGAACCUGGGCCUCAGGGCGCAGCUCAAGGACGGUUGA